ACAGAAGGGUUGAUGCAUAAGAAAAUGACGAUCUCCUCAAAAUCGCGUGGAGAAGAAACAGGUUUUGGCAUGCAAUUCAUCGGUAACUUUUUGAGCUUUGCAUCAAGAGGGGACAAAGUGGGUCUAAACCAAAUGCUUAGAGAAGGGAUUUCUCCAAAUGUACAAGACUAUGAUAAACGCACUGCCCUCCAUCUCGCGGCCAGCGAAGGUCACGCGUCCAUCGUGGAGCUCCUAUUGGCUUACAACGCUGAGGUUAAUCUGCAAGAUCGCUGGAAUCGAACUCCACUAACAGAUUCAAGGCUUUAUGGACAUCGAGAUAUAUGUAGAAUUUUGGAAGUCAAUGGUGGCAAAGAUACUAGCAAUGACAAUCAAAUGACAGUUCGCUACGAAGAAGACAAUUCCAGUGAAGUUGAUAUUGAUAUAUCUGAACUAAAUUUUCAGCACCCUUCAAUAGUUCAACAGGGAUUAUAUGGUGAAUCUGAAAAAGUAAAGUGGCGUGGAACUUGGGUUUUGAAGACUGUGAUCAAACGACACAUAAGUUAUCCAGUGAAAAUGGUAUUAACUGCUACAGAUAAUACACUCUUAAGAGAACUUCGUCAUCCCAAUAUUCUGCAAUUUCUUGGUUCAAUAGUGCAGGGUGAGGAGAUGAUUCUCAUUACAGAUUUGUCCAAAGGGAAUUUGGAAAGUACUUUGGCCAAAAAAGUUCGUCUAGACUUAUCAACUGUUCUUGGGUAUGCAUUUGAUAUCGCCAGGGGAAUGAAUUAUCUCCAUCAACACAAGCCCUUCCCUAUACUUCACAACCAUUUGAAUCCUGGAAACUUGUUGCAUGAUGAUGGUGGGCACUUGAAGAUUGGAGAAUACUGGAUUCAGAUGCUGUAUCAAAGGAUAAACACAAGUCAAGACUUAAUCAUUUCAGGCCAUAUAAAUGGUAAUACUGUUGGCACAAUUAGCUCUCCAUCAAAUGACACUAACAAGGACAUCUAUUCAUUUGGUUUAAUAUUGUAUCAGAUGCUUGAAGGAUGGAACAUUGCCAGUAAUAAUGUUGACUUUACACAUGACAACUCAAUUGACUUGCCCAAGUUCCAGAUAAGUCGAUAUCCUGGAAGAGUGCAACAGUUAAUGGAGGAUUGCACAAACAAAGACCCCUUAAUCAGGCCUUCCUUUGCUGCUAUCAUAAACAUAUUAGAAGAAAUUUCGGAAGGUCUUGGAAAAGCUGGUUGCCCCGUCUGUUGAGCAAUGUUUUUAUUGAUGUUACUUUUAAUAAGAAAUUAUUUAUGUAUCAACCAUCUUAAUUAUUAAGAAAU